UGGAAAUCUCAGUUACAAUCAAUUGUUGCCUUAUCAACCACUGAAGCUGAGUAUGUUGCAGCUCCAGAAGCCUUCAAGGAAGCCAUAUGGUUAAGUCGUCUUGUUGCUGAAAUAGGUUUUCUUAAACAGGAUGUUACUGUGUUUUCUGAUAGCCAGUCUGCUAUCCGGCUUUGCAAAAACCCUGUUUUUCAUGAUAGGACCAAACACAUUGAUGUGAGGUUCCACUUUAUUCGUGAUGUUUUAGAUGCAGGUAAGGUGAAGCUGUGCAAGAUACCCCCAAAGUUCAACCCUGCAGAUAUGGGGACGAAGUGUCUAUCUGCUGAAAAACUUUUGUCUUGUAAACGAAUUUUAAAUUUGGACUGCGAUUAACUCGGUUUGCAGGUUUUGGGUAUGUUGGAGGGUAGAUUCUUGAAAGCAUAGUGCUUGAGAAAAUCUGCUCUCAUGGUUAGGGAGAGUACUUUGGGUACUUCUCUAAUUUCCUUUUGGGAGUAUUUUGUGUAUCUCCAAUUUGUUUGCCAGUUAUGUCUUUAGGAUAUCACUGGUGACCCAGCGAUGAUGAACCACGUGCUCAUGUUACUUUGUGAUACCAUGCACCACCAAUGAUGGCCAAUAAGGUGGAGAGUGUGGAGGUAUUGUUGGGCCUGUUUGCUUGCCUCUUGCCCUGGCCCAAGUUGUUCUGCCGCUAGCCUUGUUUCUGGAACCCUCCUUUAGGGCUUCCCCACUUGCCGGGGUACUUAAGCCCCUCUUCGUCUUUGGUUGACGCUGAGGUCUUCGGUUAGAGAGAGAGUGAGGUUAAGAGAGAAUAGUGAGAGAGACUCCAGUCUCUUCUCCAUUCUGGUCCCUCUGUGGUCUUCUCUCUGUGCUUCCCCUUUUCUGACCUUUGGCGUGCGUUGAGAUGGCUGGGCUGGCCUGAGUGUUCUUGUCCCUUCCGGUGGUGCUUUGGUGUGUGUGCUGUAUGAGCGUGGUCUGAGCUGGAGAGGUGAAAACC